GCUGGUUUUAAGUUGGACGUUACAGCCCUUAAAUCUAGCCUUACGUGAUGUCAAGAGAGUUAACGUUUACCUAGCGCAAGUGUUAGAGGCUAUUGCUAGCACAAUGUCUGGGAGUCACUCAAGUUCUGAUGACAGUAGCGAUUCCAGAAAAAGACCUCGGGAGAAAGAUUUGGACCUAGAUACGAGCCCUAAACGUCCAAAUUGUGAGGACAACGUCCAGUUAAAAAUUUUGGUUCCAUCAAUUGCUGCUGGAGCAGUUAUUGGAAAAUCUGGGGAGGCUAUCGGCCGAAUUCAGAAAGAUACUAGCACGAAAGUCAAAAUAUCAAAACAGGAUGAAUUCUAUCCUGGUAAGAAAUAUGAAAUAUUUACAUACUUCAAGCCUACUUUAUUUAUAUGUCUUAAGUAAUAUUCUGUGUAAUCACUUCAGUUAGUUAUCUACAACUUGGAUUCUGCUUUGAGACUCUGCAUCCAAACAUGUUUUUGAAUAAAUUCUAAUUUCCCG